AUGCACGGGCGCAGUGCAGCCGACAUCAUGUUGGAGGGCGACGGCCAUGACCAUGGUCAACAGCGGCACGAGAAGCUGCGCAUCCUCGGCAGCCCGCUUGUCCGCCGGGCAGACAGACUUGGUCGCCGCGGCCAAACUGGCUCGCCCAGCUGGCGUCCCUUCGAGGAUGGCCACAAGCCAACGCUCCUCGAAAUAUUCUACGAUCUCUUCUUCUCGGCCAGCUAUAAUGUCUUUUCCGAUACCCAAAAAGUCACCGACGACGCCAAAUUCAAAGUCUCGAUUGGAUAUUUCUGCUUGUUGUGGCUGACCUGGUUCCAAGUUGCGCUGUACGACGUCCGCUACGCCACGGAUAGCAUUUUUGACCUUUGUCAAGCGUCCACGUUUCUGAUCAAAGCCGAUACGCCAGCUCGCGCAACGAGGGCCAUUCAACUCGGCGUCCUGGUCGGCUUCGUGGUUGUGGCGCCAAAAUUCAACCCCAACGACCAAGAUCUCAACACGAUGCGAGCCAUGUCUCUCAUUCUCUGCAUCUCGCGGACAUGCCUAGCCAUCGAGUACGCGUCGACGCUGUGGCAUGUGCGAAGAUACAAAAAGGCCCGUACGCCGCUGUGCCUGCAAAUUGCGCUCCAUGCCGCGGCCUCGGCCGUCUAUCUCGGCAUCACUUUUCGCUUUACAAGGGAGAAGCAGAGCAGGGUGUACAGGACGUGGUACUUUAUCGCCGGUGCCGAAGCCCUCGUCAGCAUUUUGCUGUCCAAUCUCUCUUCCGCCGUCAGCCUCACCAAGACGCAUAUCAUGAAGCGACUGACACUCCUGACCGUCAUGAUCAUGGGCGAAGGCAUCGAACAGCUCGCCAAGGAAGUCGUGACCAUUGUGAGGAAUCCAGAUGCAUGGGAUUCCACGACGGUUGGUCUCGUGACGGCUGGUGCCACGACCAUUUACUUGGUGCUGCUGGUGUAUUUUGACUGGUUGAGGUCGUCGUUCCAUCUUCCCCGCCUCCGCCAGCAGCUCUGGACGUGCUUGCACUUGCCCUUCCACCUCGCGCUGGUCUUGUUCAUGCAAGCCUUCACACAGUAUCUCCUAUGGUCCAAGAUUAUAAACCAGGAAAAGCGGUUGGUCGACAUUGCCGAUCCAAACGACGACGCUCGCAUGCUGACCAGCGCAGGGGUCCGAGAUUCCUUGAACGCCUCAGUUCGGGCUUUCUUCCAAGAUUACCCGCCCAAGAUUUCUAGCACAUUUGAAACCGUCAACUAUGCCUUGAACAACAUCACAACGAUAUCCGACAGUUUCUGGCCUUUGGUCGAAAACGGCUCCGUGCCGGCCAACUGGAGCCUCGCGCCGCCGGGACACGCACAAGACUUGGCGACACUCGGCAGCACUUUUCUUGCCUUGCUCUACUCCAUGAGCAACGCUCUGUUUGGGGCAUUUGGCAUUGACUCGGAGAAUGAUGUCUCCAAGAAGAACCCCGAAGCCGCCGACGAGGUCAAGGACGGCGGAUACCAGAUGCUGGUACAGGACAAGACGAUGAACCGGUAUAGGCUGGUGUUUGCGUACGGUUACAUAGCCGGUGGAUGUACAAUCGUCCUCAUGGUUGCUCUCAGCAUCAUCGUGCGGAACACCCCGUCUACGCCGUGGCCGCUCGCACGCCUUGCCAUUAUUCUCCUCUUGGGUCUGGGCACCGGCCUGGUCGCCACCUUGUGGUACAACGAGAACGGACUCGAGGCUUUCCUGUCGUCGCCGUGGGUCAUGCCGGCCCUCACAUUCGUCUGGGCCGUGAUUCUGAUUUUGACACACACCAACGGCCGCGGAAUCAAGCGUUGUAAACGCCGCUCCCGGCGCCGCAGAAUCAUUACCUCGUCGCCAGAGGAGGCUGCCGUGGCAAUGGCACCCUCUCCGCAUUAG